GAGCUAUGACAGCUCUCUCUUCGAAGAACAACAAGUCCCUGAAUCACCUCCCGAUACCCAGAGAUCGGCACUGGAGAUGAAGAGGGUCCGGCCUGGUUUGAUCUAUAUCAGGGUCCAGGGAUAUAUAAAGAUGGUAUCCAUCGCUUGCAAUCUGGCUCUGCUCUCCAUCAACCACGAGACUGGCUCUCGUUUACAUUCUCUUCUUCCUUUCGUCCAACUUGUCUAAAUACAUUCUUUUGUCUCCAUCACCAUGAGAUUCACCAGCUUGAUGAUGGCCGCUAGUGCCGCGGGCCUGGUGCACGCAGCCGCCAAGCGCGAUGCUUCUGCUAAGAAAUCGGGCUUUACCUGGGUCGGAGUCAGCGAAUCCGGUGCCGAGUUUGGCGAGGACAACAUUCCCGGUAAACUCGACAAAGACUACACCUUCCCUAACACAACCGCAAUCCAAACCCUCCGCGACUCCGGUAUGAACAUCUUCCGCGUGCCGUUCCUGAUGGAACGAUUGGUGCCGGAUGAUAUGACCGGUGAUGUCAAUGCGGCGUAUAUGAAGGACUUGAGGAAGACGAUUCAGUUUAUUACGGAUAGUGGGGCGUAUGCGGUUCUGGAUCCGCAUAAUUAUGGGAGAUAUUCCGGGAAUAUCAUCACCAACACGGAUAACUUCAAGGCAUUCUGGAAGACCGUUGCUGGAGAAUUUUCGUCGAAUGAGAAGGUUAUUUUCGAUACGAACAACGAAUACCAUGACAUGGACCAAUCCCUCGUGUUGAAUCUCAACCAAGCCGCCAUCAACGGCAUCCGCUCAUCUGGCGCCAAAACCCAGUACAUCUUCAUAGAGGGCAACGCCUACACCGGCGCCUGGAAAUGGACCGACAACAACGACAACCUCGCGUCCCUAACCGACCCCCAGGACAAACUCGUCUACCAAAUGCACCAGUACCUUGACUCCGAUGGCUCAGGUACAUCUGAGACCUGCGUCAGCGAGACUAUCGGCAAAGAACGACUGCAAAGCGCGACGCAGUGGUUGCAGAAGAAUGAUAAGAAGGGGUUUGUGGGUGAGUUCGCGGGUGGUGUGAAUGAGCAGUGCGAGAAGGCUGUUGAGGGCAUGUUGGACUAUAUGCAGGAGAACAGUGAUGUGUGGAUGGGCGCAGAGUGGUGGGCUGCUGGUCCUUGGUGGGGAGAUUACAUGUAUAACUUGGAGCCGACGGAUGGAGAGGCGUAUAGCACUUAUCUGCCGAUUCUGAAGAAGUAUUUCCCUUCUUCUGAUGCAGGUUCGUCGUCGGCUUCGUCUUCGACAUCGACCAAGGCUGUUCGCGUGCCCUUGAUCCGUCCUUCUUCGGGCUCCGUCUCCGGAUCUGCCUCUGCCUCUGCCUCUGCCUCUGCCUCCGCCUCCGGCAAACCAAGCGGUGGUGCUCUACCUCCUACCAUCCCAGUCUCUGUGCCUACCACCUUUGCCACUGCUGCUUCCGCGACGCCUUCGUCGUCUCUUGCCGCGAGCAGCACUUCGAGCAUUGUCCCCUCGGCUAGCAGCUCUGGAGGCGUUGCAAAGAAGUACGAGCAGUGUGGUGGAAUCACCUGGACUGGACCGAAGGCUUGUGAGAGUGGGAGCUCGUGUGUUAAGCAGAAUGCUUAUUACUCGCAGUGCCAGUGAUUGAGUAGGGGUAGGGGUAUUGAAUGUGUGAAUGGUGGCGAUUGAACAAGUGGGAAGGUAUGUUAUUUCGAUGUGAAGGGAUCUAUUCUCAAUAAAAAAAAAAAAA